AGAUUGAGGAUAAAAAGAAUAAAACCAAUAACUCUUAGCGCUCCAUGAUGAAGACCCAUUCUUCUAUAAUAAAAAAACCUUUAAUACCCAAGAAAGAUGUCUAUAAAUUGAUAGUAUAAUAGAAUUGGAGUAUAAGCAUAGAAAGUAGAAACCAGCAAGAACUGGGAUCUUGAAGAUUUCUGAUACUGCAUAUAAACUAGCGAUAAACCGUCUCAUGGCUCAAGGUAAUGCUUUGGAUUAUGUCAGUGAGGAUGGAGUAUCUAUUGCAGUAAAGAAGCUUGGAAAUAAUUCAAGGAGCAUUCAGUCCAAAAUUGCUAUAAAAGCCAGUCUAGAAACCGUUUGGAAUUUAAUGACAGAUUAUGAAAAAUAUGCUGAUAUAGUUCCUGGCCUUACCGCUUGCAAAAUAAUCGACAAGAAAAACAACUUCACUCGUGUUUAUCAGAUGGCGCAGCAAAAUUUGCCUUUGGGAAUGAAAUUCAAAUCGAAAAUGGUAUUGGAUUGUUUCGAAAAAGAUAUUGAAACUUUUGCUUACGGGAAAAAACGAGAUAUUGAGUUUAAGAUGACCGAAGGCGACUUCCAGUCUUACGAAGGAAAGUGGUGCAUUGAACAGGUUAUUAAACGAAGACCUAAAGAAAGUGGUAACUCGCAUGGUCAAGAAUUUGAAACAACACUUACAUAUUUGGUUGAUGUAAAGCCUAAGGCAUGGAUGCCUGUAAACCUGGUGGAAGGCAAACUCUGCAAGGAGAUACAAGCCAACCUGUCGAGUAUCCGGGAAGAAGCAGAAAAGAUGGUUCACAAUACCGUGCAUGCUCAAUAUUGAAGUGGUCAAACAAUUCAUACAUAAAACUCGGCUUGUCAUGCAAAUCAUGAUAGCACAAAUAAUGUAGAUUUUCAAAUCAUUUGCUGUAGUAUUGGGCUCAACCCAUUUGUCUUUGAAAUAAAUAAAUAUGAGGAGUCACAUUUCCUGUUUAUGAUC